AUGGCCGUAACCGAACUCGCCCUCCUCCACUUCAAAGCCCAAGAGGACCCUUCCGUCAAGACAGGUCUUGUACAAGCGCAGCAGGCUCAGGAAGAGCAUUCAAAGCACAAAGUCCAUUUCCUGCGUGAGGUUAAAGACCCAUCUCGUUUUUAUUUGUUAGCUGGUUGGGACUCCCUCGAGACACAUAUUGCCCAGCAGGUUCAUUAUCAAGGACAGCUUGUGCAGCUGGCGGAUCUUGUUGGAGUUGAUUGGAUGUUUCAUUUGGAUGCGGAUCCCUCAACAUUUGCAAUCCCUUUCGAGGCACCAAUCAUUGCGAUAGGUAGGUAUUUCAUCGAAGCUAGCAAUGAAGAGAAAUUCAACACUGUCUUCAAGGCAAUUAUAUCUCAUCUGGCUACUACAGCUAUAACACCAUUCUCUUGCUGCGGUGCAUGGCGCAUUGAUAAAGGAGAGGAUGAGGAAUAUGUCUUCUUCAGCGUGUGGAAGGAGAUUUAG